AUGGCAGCCGCUGCGGAGCAAGAGGCGCUGAAGCGCUUUUUUCAGGCGACGCAGUAUGCGGUCGUCGGCGCGAGUGCGGACCGCAGCAAGUUUGGCAACAAGGUAUUCCGCUGGUACCAGAACUACAAUUUGCCCGUCACGCCCGUGCACCCCAAAUCGUCGAGCAUUGAAGGUGUGCCCGCCGUGAAAGAGCUGGGCGAGGUGAUGGACUAUGCCGCGAACCCUGUCGAGGCGCGUACGUCCGUGUCGGUGAUCACGCCGCCUGCAAUUACGCUCGACCUCCUUAAGGGCCACAUGAGCGACGAGCGCAUCGUUGCGUUCUGGCUGCAGCCUGGCGCGGCCGACGGUCCGGUGGUGCAGUGGAUCCGGAGCCAGCCCGAGGAGGUGCAGGGUCGCAUCGUCUACUCCGGCCCCUGCAUUUUGGUGAGUGGCGAGCAGCUUGGUCGGCACAACGGGCGGUUAUAG